AUGGCGGAAAAAACAGAAGAGGCAGCUUCUCAAAAUAUAUUGUGUCCUUUGUGCCUGGACGUGUUUGAUAAUGCUUCCAUGUUGAUAUGUGGACAUACGUUCUGCAAGCAGUGUUUAGAGAGGUAUGAUGCCGCCCAUCGAGACUUAGAUCACAUGGUGUGUCCUCUCUGCAGGAAAGUCACAAAGUUGGCUGAAAGUCGAGUCGCUGGUCUACCCCCGAACUUCACCGUCAAAGCCUUGGUAGACGAGUACCACAGCUCGCAUGCUGGGAUAAAUACCGUUCUGGAUGGUCAAACGAGAUGCACUCUUUGUGAGCUCCAGGGAGAUGCUGUAUCCUUCUGCUACGAAUGUGGCACUUUCAUGUGCGCAAAGUGCCACCAUGGUCAUAGUCAACUGACAUCGUUCUUCAAGGGACAUCAGGUUGUGUCCAUGAAAGACGUCGUGGAUGGAACUGCCAGUAUCGGGCAAGUCAGAAACAAGUGUUUUGUGCACAAGCAUGAAAACAAGGAUCUUUUUUGCGAAGAUUGCAAAGUAUAUCUAUGUCUGAAGUGCAUGAUCGUUGAUCAUCGUGAUCACAGCUUCAAAAAUCAGGCCGACGUCGAGAGGGAGAUUCAGCAGAAAGUGGACAAUAUCCUCAAGCGCAGCAACGACAGAAAAAACGAGUUCGAGAAACAUAUCCAGAAUAUUGAAUCCAAACGCCAAGAAAUCUACACGGCUAUCCAAAAGCUGCAAGGUAACAUAGAAGAGGCAUUCAUGGGGAAAAUUGACAAACUGAAAGAGAAUAGGCAGCUGCUUAUCACAGAAACACAGCUCCUGCAAGAGAAUUGUGACAAAGAACUUGAUGCCUUGAAGUCUCGUCAUCGACAGAAGAUCGAGGCUAUUUCAAGCUCUGUGAGCCUCGUGGCCAACGGAAGGUCAAGACAUUUAGAGAAAGACAGUCUGGCGGCGCACUCAUUAAUCUCCAGUGAACUGGAAGGUCUCUUGGAGGAAGCUAUUGAUGAGAAAUCUGUAACCGUCUUAAUGACACGCGUGAUCAUCUCAAGUUCUUGCAACAAUAUUCCCAGCAGAGUACGAGUCUAUGACAGAUAUGGGGAAUCGGGUGAUCCUAUAUCAGCCAAAGAGGGGGAAUACCUGUACCCAGCAGUAGAUGAGGAAGACAGGGUGUUCAUUGCGAGUGUCAAUCAGCCAGCUGGUAGAAUACAAAUCACUCUCUAUCGUCCCGAAGGUUUGAAGCUCAAGAAAUUGGUGGUCAAUGCUGGCUCCCCGGUUCUUGCCUAUGUUGAUGCCGCUGUGUUGAUGUCGCCUACCCUCAGGUUAUGCUGGGAUUGGACCGUUUAA